CAAAAAAAAACCAACAAACCGUGUUAGGACUCCGACGAUGGUGAAAAGACCUGCCUAGAAGUGUGCUCUCGAACAAAACACAACAGGGAUGAGCGCGCUAGACACGCGCUUCUCGUAUGCUGCGGGGUUUGUAAAGAGCACGACCCAGCAGCACGCAUCAACAGGGCGCGUCAGUGCGCGUCAGAACGAGCCCUUCAACAAGAACCCACCGUUUCGGUGCACCGGGUUUGGGCGCAGUGGCACCUCAAGCAACAGAAGAAGAAGUAGUAGCAAAAACGCAAGUCACCGCGAUGUUAAAAAGCAGUCCAAACCAUCCCCAUUUUCAGGUUGCCAAAAAGGCUCCCGCUGCCAGAUGUCACCGAAAAACAAACCGUCGAGAACUACCGUUUUCUCCCUUCCCCAACAAAAAUCGUGACUAUCAGCUGCUUUGUGUCCAGUUCGCCCAAACUUCGCACAACGCUUCGUGUCGAUUUAUGAGCCGGUAGUCGAAAAUUUAUAAUUUCGGCUGCCCUUUUGUUAUCUAUAAAUAAUCCGACCGUCCAGACCACAGGCAAGAACCCGAGCCAAAUCCAAACUUCCGCUCGGGCCUCACAAUGAAGGAGUCAAGAGCGUUGGGGCGCGCGCUCGCUUUCGAAGAAAUCGUUGGCCGGUACAUCCAACACCCCACAGGCACUACCAGGAAUUUGGCCAAUGCUCGAUUUUGCGGAAUUUCCUUGUAUCGUUUCUCAAUCGGUGCCGGGGACCCUCACGUACUGGAGGGCACAAUUGCCGAACCAGUGGGGCCAAAGAAAGUCCA